AUGUAUAAAUACUGGAAAGAAAUCUGUGGAUUUAUAGUGUUUCUCACUAUAAUAAUUUGCCCUAUCCCUUUUCAAAUUAUCAAAUACAAAAGACGUCAAAUGCGACAAGUCGAACCACUUCCACCAAGAAAUCUGGAACCUUCGAACAUCGAAAUGGAUGUUAUCGCUGGAACUGGCUCAGAACACUCAACUGCUAAUCAAAACGCUAAUAAGUCACCAUAA